GUCGGUUCCCGCAUUUCGUGGCGCUAAUUCGAUUUGAACGCGUCGCGUCUCUCCGGAAAUUUCGGGCGCGACAGUGUCCUUGAUCGGUGCGAGGGAAUAAGGUCGCGACGUCGCUUCCAGGAAAGCCACCGAGCUUCUCGCCAGUGUUUAUCUCGCGAUCGCCGCGUGACAUUCGCAGGAAGUACGAAGCGGAGGUUACCUUGAUCGAAAGUUGUCGACCUAUGUGAACCCGUGUCGGCCCUCCCGCCUUAAGUGACGCGAAUUCGGGGAAAUGUCGAGGUUGUCACAUUGGCUCCGUGUACGGGCAGAAUCUCGUGACACCGCAGGUAUCGGCAUUCCGCGGGAACGCCAUCGAUGAUCCGCUCGCGUCCAUGGCGACAAUCAACAAGCACAGCGACUAACGGACGCCCCCACGUGACACACCGCGAGAUACACAACGCCAGGCGCUUUGAAUACGACCCCCGCGCGUCGUCGAGCGUACGUGUGUACGAAGCGAAGAACGGAGGAAUCCCAGCUCGACUGAAGUGGCAGCUGGCGCGAGGCUUGCGACGAACUUCAGUCUCCUCCGUGCUGAUUCGUUGCCUCAAAUCAUCCGACGUCGCAUCGGCUGAAUCGAUCAAAGUUCCUUCGAUUAUCGAAGCAACACCACCGAAGGGAUAUCGUGUGUCGCGUUUUCCUAUCGACGAGUCGUCGUCGUCGUCGUGUGUCGAAUAGAAAAGAACGGUUAAUCUGGAUUUUGCGGAAGUGAGUUGUUUUACGAGAUAAUCUAUCGCCGGGAGUGAGGCGGAAAACGCAUUCGAAGGUAAGGCGGCGUAACCGCGGUGAUAUAAUCGUGCGAUCGUCGCGAGGACGCCGCGGUGGCUUGGUGAUUUUCUUGUGUCGGCCGUGUUGUCGCGCGACGUUUGUACAAGUGAAUUCCAACUCGCCGUCUCGAACACGUGGAUGCACGCCCGCCGCCGCUUCGUCGCCGGUCUUGAGCGUCCGCGCGGAAUCCUCGGGUGCACGAGAAAAUGCGUGUAAAAUCGUCGAGGUGACCGCGUGAGCAUGGAGACCGUGCAAGAAAGCGGCGGUCGUCUGCAAAACGGCUCGGCCGUCAUCGCGAAGACGCCGAAUCGUUUGAAGAUCGUGGAGAGCGAUGAUGAUGACAAGGUGACGAGCGAGAAGGCAGCGGAGAUGGAUCCGUACAGGGAACUGGAGCUUUAUCUCGCCAAAGUUAACGAUGAAAUCGGCGAGAUAAUCGAGUCGGUGCCGACGACUCCGCUGCGCAUCGCGGCGGAAGAGCCGAAGUUCCCGAGCCCGGCGGACGAAUCGUGCGCGACCGAGUCGAUCAUCCGUCCGAAGCCUGUGAAAUCGCAUCACUUCGCGAGGAGACAGAACUCCGUGACGCGAGGUGGCGAGGACAUCGGCGACUGGUCGAACAACGUCCUCGCGGAGUUCAAUAGCCUAAUCGCCCACGAGAUCAGCGAGCUGACCAAAGAGAAGACGAGGAGGACCGGAUCGCGCGACAACGUCAGGGUGGUGCAGUACAAAGAGCUGCUGAACGAAUUCGGGUUGACCGACAGUGAGAGUUCCGAUCGGCGGUCCAGCGGCGAGCAUGCCUUUCCUUUGGACGAGGCUCGACUGCGAGACCGCAGGAACGAAAAACCGCUCGACGAGGAUGAUCGUCGCUGUCUGUUGAACUCCGAUUACGACGAGCCGCAGGACCGAGUGAUACCCGAAGGAAGGAAGAGCGGCAGCCUGCCGGAGAACCUGCAGGACAUCAUCGUCGCGAAGCGAUUCCAGCGCGCCGCAGACACUCUCAGCUCGGACUACGACGAGCCGAACGGCUGCUUGCCGAUGCAUUCGAUCAGGAAUCAAAUCGAUCGGAUCACCUCUAGUCUACCGUCGAAACUGGAGCGCGAGUGCGCUCCGAGGGACGCGCGAGUGAACCGAACACCAAAGACACCCGUAGGAUUAAGUUCAAGGACCAAUGAGGAGGACGCGCGAGUCGAGCCGUUCGCCGCGGAAGAGCCUGAAGAGGUCAACGCCAGGUUGCCGCCGCGACAACGAUCCAACGACAGGAAGAUCAGUCUGGCGAAUCAAAAGCGCAGGAAAGUAGCGCGGCUGCAGAGGAUCCGACGCGGCCCGGAUGACCGGGAGACUAUGGAUCCCGAUUACGACGACGUGUUUCCGCACGAGGAGAUCGGCCGGUCGAGGUCCUUGGAGAACCACGUGCCGAAGUCGGCGCCCGUGACGCCCACGGAGGAGAAGAAGCCGCCUUUCUCGAAGCUGCUGAGGAAACGGCACACCCCGGUGUUCCACGAGAGUUCCGACGACGCCGUCCUGGUCAGCGUGUCCUCGUUGCCGGAUCAGGACCUGUUGCGACUGAGAGACGACAACAGGCCCUGCGAGACGAGGAACGGCAAGAUGGGCGCGAAGGAGACGACUAAGAAAAGAGCGGUGUCGCCGCUGACUCUGCGCUCCGACAUCACCGCGAAGAGACUGUCGGAAUCGGACAAAGACGUCCGACAGGUCAGUCCGGUGGACCUGAAGAAGUUCUCGUUGGCGCAACGGCCGUGGGGCAACGACGUCGCCGUGAGUUGCGACCUGCCCGAGAACCACGACGUCGACGGGAACUGCGUGAUCCCGAACGGCAUUUUCGGCAAGCUCGAGCACGCCGAAAUGAAGAGGAUCAUCGAGGAGCAAAACGCGAGAGCUGGAUCCUUGCCCAUUUCCCUGCAGUCUCUAUUGUCGAGAAUACGAAGUGGUUCGGGUUCCUGUUGCCCGAACAGCCCACCCAUGGAUACUCUCACCUGCUCCGAUGUGGCAACUCAAACCUCGCCGGCAAUUUCGAGGAGCUCCAGCUUCACUUGGGUCAGCGAUUGCGACUCUCCCCAAGCCGAGUCACAAUUAGAUUCGCAGUCGUUACAAGACGAGAGCACAUUAGAUCCAGUUUCUCCCCAGGACACCGUGGACGACGACAAUAGAUCCUCGUCGUCGUCGCAGGAGCUCUUACAGAGCAUGGAUGAGAUUUCCUCCGGAAGUCUGUCGCCGGAUACUACUACUGACAGAGCGUCUCCGCUCGAAAGCGGCAUCGGCACUGCGAGUCCUCCGAGAAGCACGGACCGGCGACUGACUAAACCGUCAACGCCGAACAAAUGCCACCGUAAAGAGACGUGGGAGCGAAUCCGGCGACGACCGUCGAAAUUGAACUCGCGAAACGACAAGAACUCGCAGGACGUGUGGGUGAAACGCGAGAGUGUGCAUACGCAAACGAAGAAAAACGAGGAUCAGUACUCGCAGGAGGCGGUGGACAGCAGUAGCGGUCUCGAUGACUCUUUACCGAGGAUCAAGGCGCCCCGGCCUACGAAUUUACCGCUAUGCUUGUCCACCGCGAGCAGUUCCUUGAGUUCGGGUGAGCUGCUCGAAACGCCGCCCCGAGCGCCGUCGUCACCAUCCGCGGCGAGCCUCCAGCUAAAGCCGGAACCUCUGACUGUGGAAAUGGGCGGAAAGAGCAGCAGCGCGCCGUUGCUGGAGAACAACGAUGUCGAGGACGUCGACGGGAAUGUGUCGAGCUUGCAGCAGCAGCCGCGCUCCCAGUCGGAACGACAGCUAUCAGAAAUCGAGGCGCAAGAGGCAUGCAAAUGGCUGAGAGCCGCCGGCUUCCCGCAGUACGCGCAGAUGUACGAAGACUAUCAGUUUCCGAUAGACGUUUCCGGCGUGGCUAAGGACCACCCUUUCCUCGAGGCCGACUCGCUGCAGAGCCUCUUCCGGCGCCUGCACGCCCUCAAUCGCUGCGCUAAUAUGAAACUCGACACGCAUCACGCGCAUCAUCACAGCACGAGCCACAGCAAAAGCCAGAGCGGCGGGGGCGGCGGUGGCGGCGGCGGCGACGAUUCCGACGAGGACACGCAGUGCGCGCUGAGCGAGAACUGGACCUUCGAGAAGAAGACGAGGCGUUGGUCGCGCAUAGUCGACGUCACACAGGCGAACGUCGAGAGGCUGCAGGCGAUCGCCGGGCAGAACGCCGCGUCCGAGGAGGACUCCCUGGAGGACCGUCUGGAGGCGGAGGAGGCGGAGGACACCAUGCUGGAGAACCUCCGGUACGGCAGUUUGCCGCCGGGCACCCUUCCCGACGAGAUCGGCCCGCGCUUCCGCAGGACCGGCUCGGAGAGGCUGCGGGACGGCGCGAAGGCCUUCCUCAGGCGCGUCGAGUCGCUCAAGUCGCGCCGACGGAAGCGUCAGAAUCGCGACGGGGUCGUGAUCAGCGGGCCGCAGGUGCUCGACGUGAUGUCCAUGCAGCAGAAGAUGAAGGAGCUCAACUGCGUGGACGUGUCACCGACGGGGCCGGCGCCGGUGUCCUUCGCCGACCUCCUGUCGGGCUCGUCCCUCCCGGUUCCCGGCUCCCCGGUCACCUUGCCGGCGUCUCCUUACCACCUGCCGUUGACGCCCAGCCCCUUCGGCGACGACUCCUCUAGCUACUGUUCGGACGGCUCGCAGGGCGGCGGACCGACGCCCGCGCCGACUCGCACGAAGCUGAACCGUGCGCGGAGGUUCCUCCAUCGGGGCCGCGAGGACCAAGGCGCCCUGAGCGACUCCGAGUGUCAGCCGACCAACUGGCGGCACCGGUACUUCCGCGACGCCAACAGCAACCACGCGAAGGUGCUGGAGUACGUGAACGCGCAUCCACAGAGCCCUAAGGAGUCGCCCGGGAAGAAUCCGCCGAUCAGCACGCGCGGUGGCAGCCUGAACCUCGGCAAGGAAUCGCAGAGGUAUCGCGACAAGCUCGCCCAGGGCCAAGAGCGAAGUUACAAGGAGGACAAGGUGGCGUCGUUGAAGCGGGAGGAAAAGCUGCACAAGAGCUUCCGACAUCGCGACGACUCCUACAGGGACGGCAAGCCCGCGUCCAGGGAGGUGAUGGCGUAUCGGGAGAAGUCCCGGUCCAGGAGCUCGGAAUUAGCCGGCAGCCAGGAGAGCGGCUCCACCGUGGCCAGCAGGGACUCCGAUCAGGAGGAGGAGUCGCCCCGGCACAAGGGCACCGUCGUCAGGUGGCACAGCUUUCAGAGAGGAUCGCUGUACCCCGAACCCUUGGACCCGCUGUGUCCGAGAGCGAUGGCCUCCAUGUCGUGCGGACAACUGCUGGUCCUGAGGAAGCUGGCGUUGCUGAAACUCACGGCUUGCAUGGAACGGUACUGCCCGACCCACCGCACCGGUUGGAACUGGGAGCUGCCCAAGUUCAUCAGGAAGAUCAAGACGCCCGAUUACAAGGACAAGACGGUGUUCGGAGUGCCGUUGUUGCUGUCCCUGCAGAGGACCGGCCAAGCUCUGCCCAAAUGCAUUCAGAUCGCCCUGAGGUGGCUGCGAGCGAACGCGCUCGACCAGGUGGGCAUCUUCCGCAAGAGCGGCGUCAAGUCGAGAAUACAAAAGCUCAAGGUCAUGACGGAGACUCAGGGCGACAACAUCAAUUUCGACGGGCAGCAGGCGUUCGACGUCGCCGAUCUGGUCAAGCAGUAUUUCAGGGAACUGCCGGAGGCCCUUCUGACGAACAAGCUCUCGGAAACGUUCAUCGCCAUCUUUCAACAUGUACCGGCAGACUUACGACCCGACGCGGUGCAGUGCGUCCUGCUGUUGCUGCCGGACGAGCAUCGCGAGGCGCUGGAGACGCUGCUCGACUUCCUCAACCACGUCGCCAACAAUUCGCCCUACAACCAAAUGACAGCCUCGAAUCUGGCGGUGUGCCUUGCGCCGAGCCUGUUCCAUUUCAACCACAGCAACACGAGCGUGACCAACAGGUCGAGCAGCGUGUCGCCACGUAGGCGAAAGACCGUCGGCAUUCCCGAUCAGCGGGAACUGUCUGAAAACAAAGCCGCUCACGACUGUCUUCUGUAUCUGGUCAAGAUGCAUCGUGAAUUAUUCAUGGUCUCGUCGGACAUGUUGACGCAGUGUCACUUCAAUUACAUGGAAGAGAGCAUUCCGGUCGCGCUGGAAGAGCUCGGCUCGGAACUCAAGCAGGAUUGGAGGGGCUACCUGUACGCUUGCACCACGGCGUUGCUGAAGGAAGCGCGAGAAAACAGAAGUCGCGGCUGGGUCACGGUGAACAAUCCCGCCGACAGUACCGUAGAAAUGGCGUACAAGAAGGUGGGCGACGGACAUCCGCUCCGUCUCUGGCGGGUGUCGACGGAGGUCGAGGCCCCGCCGAACGAGCUGCUGCAUCGUGUGCUGAGGGAGAGGCAUAUCUGGGACCCGCAGCUUCUAAAGUACAGACUGGUGAACAAGCUGGACACCAAUGUGGAGGUCUUCCAAUACGCCACCGGGAACAUGAGCCCGCUGCCCGCGAGAGAUUAUUGUGUAGUAAGAUCCUGGCGGAACGACCUUCCCAAAGGUGCUUGCGUCAUCGUCGAAACAUCCGUGGAACACCCGGACGCUCCUGUUAUGCUCGGCGGGACCCGCGGCAUCGUUUUGGCUUCUCGUUAUCUUAUCGAGCCGUGCGGCAGCGGCAAAUCCCGCAUUAUGCAUUUAUCCAGAGUCGACACGAAAGGUCGCACGCCUGAAUGGUACAACAAGAGCUACGGGCACAUCGCCGCUCUUCACCUGAGCAAAAUCCGCAACUCCUUCAAGCACACCACCGACGGGCCGGAGAGCAAAGUUUGAGAGGAGGCCACCGUGCAAUGCGAGCCGUUGCACGGUCCUUCCUGCUCCUACUCAGCCCAGGAUCCCGACGGUCAGCAGCAGCACCAACACGAGCGCAGGAUCCUAAUGGACACGCUACAGGUCCAGCCUACUAUCGACGAGGAAUAAUCUCGAUCGGUCGCGCGAUCAGUACCAAAAUCCAUCGAUGUCGUAGUUUAGCUUCGUUCAGCAACCGGUUCUGAACUCUCGAGAUAAGCAUUCCCCCUCCCUCUCGAUCUUAUUGUAGCGGUAGAAGAAUCCCCCGUGUGACGUUUACUGUCCAAAGAUCUUGCCGUCCGUUUGUCAUGAAAGUCGCGAAGCAGGAUGCAGCGAAGGAGACAAAGAGAGAAAGAAAAUAGGACGAUCACGGCAAAUUCGAUAGUAACGAGGGUGGCUCGAUCGCGCAUCUCGAUAAGUCGGCCGUUUUCAGGAUUCAAAGGACAACCCGGUUAUUUUUGCAGUCCGUGUUCCAAUGUCGUUGUUGUUGUUCGAGAGAUUAUGAAAAUUUUAUCGGCUCAUCCCCAGCUCUCCGCCCGAAUUGCGAUCGUCCGCACGAAUUCGCGUCUCGGCUGCGCUCGAUUUCUGAUUGAGAUCGGAUCGUCAUAAGUCGACGAGCGGCCGAUGAUGGGAGCGCCUUCCCGAUCGCAAUCCUAUCUAAUAGAUGUCAUUCGGUGUUUUCGAUGGCUAUGCGUGUUUUCCGCGAAGACAGCGGCUUCGUGAGUUUUAUUUCAGUACCAUAGCGAGCUCGUGUCUACGAUGAAACAUACGAUAGAGGAACACGAGAUAAGAGACGACGACAACGAGAUGACGAUGAUGAUGGUGAUAUUAUUGAAUUAUUUCUGAAAUUUACGCGUCGAGAGUUCCUGAUCGAUGCACGAGCGGUCGUCGUUUCGAGAGUUUCAUUAGAAUAACAUCGUAACGCGGCCAGUCGAACUUUAUCUUCUUUUUUUUUUCACAUUUCACAUAUAUUCUUUUGACGUAUCGGGUUUUCGUUAUUUAAACUCGAUCCAAUUUUUUCGUUUUCCACCGACCGUCAAAUAUUUUUUCAUACCACAUCGCCGGCGGUGUUUUAAAAUGCGAAAAAAAAAGGAUAAGUGAAUUCGAGGAUACGAGUUUUUAUCGUCGUGAAAUCCCGUUGCGCAAAUUGUGCGGAUUAAAAUCACAGAACGCCACUCGCCGAUUGCAGUUGGAACCGUUUUAUUUUUUUCUGCCGUGAACAGCGAAGCCGCGUCUCUGAACUGACGGUGUCCGGCGACCGACGCGCGUUCUUUAAGAUACGUAACAAAGAUGUUGACCGUUAAAUGUUCCCGUUCAGCGCCUAAACGUGUAGCCUAGAUACGGAACUGUCUGAACACACACACACACAUACACACACGUUCAGUCGGUUUCAAAAUAGUUUGAACACUUUUUUGCGGAGCGCAGCCGAGAUAAUGCAACGUGGAAACUUAUUUUCAAUCGAUUCCUCGAAGUUUGAGUUCUUUCGUCGGAUUAUCAGCUGCGUAACAAAUUACAUCGGCAUAGAAAAAGUGUCCGAACCGUGUCGAAGCCACACACAUAUUCAAAAUACACGCAUCACGCAUGUUUCAUUCGGACCAAAAAAUGUCAAUUUUUCUGUGGUAUAUAGCCGUAACACGUUAAGGUAGUUGAUACAUUCGUCGGUCGAGGGAUCAUCCUCCUCCUUCAUAAAUGUUGCACGUAGACGGGCGAAUAUAUAAAUGUCACGUACGUACACGCAUGUACACGUGUGUCUAUUUAUAAGCGUGCUUUUAUAAGCGCGCGCGCACGUUCGUUGCGCGCUAUAAAAGAGGGAGCCGCGCGCCGGUUCACUGGCGGUAAUUGCGCGAAGCGCUGCUUCGCCUUUCGAAUUACUGUGAAAAAAAAAAAACACGCAAUAAUGAUGCGUAAAGAAGCGAAAAUAACUUGCGGCCGUAAUUUUUCGAGAGAUAGAAAAUGUCACGUCGUUCCUUAUUUUCUCCCUCGUACAAUCUCCGGAUCCGAAUAUCUUUCGUUCGGUCCCUUCGACUCGAUCGUUGCUGCGUUUGUUUCCUUUCCUGUGCGCUCUUUCAUUUUCGAAAGAUUAUACUUUUCAACGUGAAGAAGAACUCGUUCCGCGCGUGGAGGGAACGAAAGCGCGCGAUUUGUAAUAAUGAAAUGAAGCGGUGCCUUUGUGCAACUCUGCUUUUAAUUGUCAUAGAUGUAUCGCCGCGGCCGAGCGCCGCCGCGCGAGCAAUGCGAAAGGAUUUUGAGUAAAGCGUAAGUUUCUAAAAUCUCGUUGUUCCAUCGUGCGAGAGGCGGCCAAGUCCACUCGGCGCAAAGCAAUCGUCACUGUUACUCGUGUCGGUGUUAAGAUAACAAUUGUCGUAAUGCAAUAGAAGACAGAGAAAAAAAAGGAAACAAGCAAACAACCGACUCUGUUUUCGCUGUUGUCCGUUUCGGAAUCAUCGCCGCCGCGCGGGCCGACCGAUCGCGCAUUUGGGACGCGCGCGUUUCUAAAACACCGCUCGGCGUGUUCGUGUGUGCAACAAUUAUCAUAGGGACCACCUUCGCUCGGACCCCAGAACUGGAAGUAACCUGCGCAUGAUGCACCUCAUCGAAUCGAAUUCUAAGUGUAUUUUAACGUAAUACUAGUCACACUUACAUUAGCGGAGAAGAGAGACGUCGAUUACGAUGGUAUAAGAUUUACCAUAGAUUUUUAUUCUUAUUUCGACAGAGCGUCGUUGCGUCGAGGAUAUUUAAAAUAUUAUUUUGAUCAAUACUACUACUAUAUAUAUAUAUAUAUAUAUGAUUUCUUAACGACGAUAUACAUAUAUACAUAUAUAUAUAUGUAUAUCGUCGUUAAGAAAUCACGCACAGAUAAACACACAUACACACAUACACACGCAAAUAUCAUAUUUUUGUGUCCAAAACGCUAGUAGAGACGCGAUGAGAGUGUCGUCGACGUUUCCUCAUAUUUGUAACGACAUAUGAACGUCUUUAUUCUUGUAAUCCGUGUUCCAUUAGAGUGUAAAUAUGUAUAUUAUAUAAUAAUGAACAACAGUGUUAUAUAUAUACUCACUAAACCA